GCUGGCGGAAGCGGCGCCAGGCGCCGGGCGGAAGUGGGGCGGCGGCGGCGGCGGCGGCGGGACGGACCCCGGGGGCCAUGGAGGAUCCCGGCCCCGGGCCCGGCCCGGCCGCGGACAGCCCAGCGGAGCUCAGCGCCCCGGAGCUGGAAGGGGAGUGCCACCGCGGUGCCUACACAGCCUUCAUGAAGUCUCACUGCUGCUACGACCUCAUCCCCACCAGCUCCAAGCUGGUUGUCUUUGACACCUCCCUGCAGGUGAAGAAGGCUUUCUUCGCCCUGGUCACCAACGGCGUGAGGGCAGCGCCGCUGUGGGACAGCAAGAAGCAAAGCUUCGUGGGCAUGCUGACCAUCACUGACUUCAUCAACAUCCUGCACCGCUACUACAAAUCGCCCAUGGUGCAGAUCUAUGAGCUGGAGGAGCACAAGAUAGAGACCUGGAGAGAGGUUUAUCUCCAAGACUCCUUCAAGCCUCUGGUUUGCAUCUCCCCCGGUGCCAGCCUCUUUGACGCUGUCUCCUCCCUGAUCCGCAACAAGAUCCACCGGCUGCCGGUCAUCGACCCCGACUCGGGCAACACCCUCUACAUCCUCACCCACAAACGCAUCCUCAAGUUCCUCAAGCUCUUUAUAGCAGAGGUGCCCAAGCCUGACUUCAUGGGCAAGACCCUGGAGGAGCUGCGGAUUGGCACCUACAGCAACAUCGCCGUGGUGCGCAGCAGCACGCCGCUCUACGUGGCGCUGGGCAUCUUCGUGCAGCACCGCGUCUCCGCCCUGCCGGUCGUCGAUGACUCGGGGCGCGUGGUUGAUAUUUACUCCAAGUUCGACGUCAUUAACCUGGCAGCGGAGAAGACCUACAACAACCUGGACGUGACGGUGACGCGGGCGCUGCGGCACCGCUCCCACUACUUCGAGGGGGUCCUCAAGUGCUACAAGCAUGAGACCCUGGAGGCCAUCAUCAACCGCCUGGUGGAGGCAGAGGUUCACCGGCUGGUGGUGGUGGACGAGAGCGACGUGGUCAAGGGCAUCGUCUCCCUCUCCGACAUCCUGCAGGCCUUGGUCCUCCCCCAGGGCCCCUGAGGGGGGGAUUUGA